AAGUCGAGCAGAUGCCUCGGAGAGCUUGUUCAGGAGCGGUCGUUGUCGCUACUCAGCUGCUUCAUCGACAGGCUAACAAUUUGUCUUUUUUCCUGGGGUUUGCACUCAGGUGUGCCUCCUCAGUCUCAGGUGUGCUAUUGACUGUAUGAACAAUGAGCCGCCGCGCCUUGUCCAUGCUGCGUCUUAUGACAUGGGAAGACAACCGGCCUUGUUUGAUCUGACGACGUUGGCAGAAUCGAAGCUUUGCGACUCUUGGCUUUGUUGACCUAAUCAUAUUUGCCGCGUGCCAGUAGAGGCUCAAUUUCCGAGGGGAAAAAUCUUCAAGGCACAGACUUGAAAACACAGAGGAAGGCUGCAUGGCACCAGUGGGAAGGUGGUGUGAGGAAAAGGAGGGGGGAAAAUCAAGGGAAGUAAGGCAAGCAACAGGGCAACAGGCUUAUCGCUCUUUUGUUUGGGAACAUGGCGUCCGACAUCGGAGAUGGGGAUCACUUAAUGCAAACAUCGUAUGUUUUUGUUCGCGUCCUGGGCAAAGGGGCGUUUGGUGAGGCCAUUUUAUACAGAAAAACGGAUGACAACAGUCUUGUGGUCUGGAAAGAGGUUAACCUGGCACGCUUGACAGAUAAAGCACGGCGGGAUGCUCAGACUGAAAUAGAAAUUCUUCCACUGCUCAAUCAUGCCAACAUCGUAUCUUACUACAAUCACUUUGUUGAUGAGGAUACACUGUUCAUUGAGAUGGAAUAUGCAAAUGGGGGAACCCUCCAUGAUAAAAUUUCUCAAUCCAUGGAAUUAUUUCCAGAAACGGAAGCUGUGUGGUACCUUUUCCAGGUAACCUCUGCUGUGUCUUAUGUUCAUCACUUUGGUAUUAUACAUAGAGAUAUCAAAACACUCAACAUCUUCAUGACAAAAGUGGGUCUUCUGAAGUUGGGAGACUUUGGAAUUUCCAAAAUUUUGGAAUCCAAGGGGCAAAUGGCAGAAUCAGUGGUAGGAACGCCUUACUACAUGUCUCCAGAAAUUGUAAAAGGAGAGAGAUACAACUUUAAAAGUGACAUCUGGGCCCUUGGCUGUGUGCUGUAUGAAAUCUUGACUCUGACACGGACAUUUGAUGCAUCGAAUCCGCUCAAGUUAGCAUGUGAUAUAGUGCAGAGUGAGCAUCAGAGUAUUGAUCCGCAGUAUAGCCCAGAUAUGCAAGCCCUUGUAGACAUUAUGUUGUCAAAGGACCCUGAUGAGAGACCUACAGCUGAAGACAUCCUGAAAUCUUCUCUUCUUAGUGAUGCAAGGGAAAUGGAGAGGAAGGUCUGGGAGUUGAAUUCUUCAUCCCGUAAACUUCGUUUGUCGACAACAACAUCCUCUGUGUCCCAGCCAGUUGUGACUUCAAAGAUGUGCGAGGUAUACCAGUGGGGAGGUGGAAAGAUCACACCACAGAAGUUGGAGCUUUUCACCCAAGAAAAAAGUGCUAUUCAAGUGGCUACAGGCCGUUUCCAUUUUGCUGUCAUUACAUUUGAGAAGGAACUAUACACUUGGGCGAAUCCUCAGGGCUCAGACACAAUUACUGGACAGCUAGGGCAUGGUGACACAGCAUCAUACAAAGCACCAAAAUGUGUUGAUAGUCUGCUGGGCACUCCUUUACAGCAAGUUGCCUGUGGAGAGGACUUUACAUUAUGUGUUUCAGAUGAAGGCAUUCUCUAUGGCUUUGGCUCUAAUUACUUUGGCUGUGUUGGUGUUCCUGGUGAGGAUGAAGUCUUGUCACCGCAGACUGUGGACUUCUUUGUGGACCAUCCUGUGGACCAAGUGUCAUGUGGAGAUUCACACGUUGUAGUCUUGACACGUUAUGGUGAUGUCUACACUUGGGGAAAUGGAGAACUUGGAAAACUUGGCCUGGGGUCAGAGGAUGACUUUAGCUUACCACAGAAGGUGGAGUUGCCAGGAAAACAUCUGGUCAGAGAAGUUGUAGCAGGGCCAGAAGGAACUUUUCUCAUUUGUGCCAGUGGCCGGCUUCUAGCCUGUGGUAGCAAUGAAUUUAACAAACUGGGUUUCAACACAGAAACAUCAGGUCUUCGAAAAAGGAAGAACAAGACUUAUGACAUUCCAUGUAAGAAUACAUUUACCACAGUCAAGCCACUGAGUCGACAUUGCAUAACAUCCAUUUCACCUGGCAAAACACAUUCAGCUGCCAUUGACCACUUUGGACACCUGUUCACUUUUGGGUCCAACCGAUAUGGUCAGCUGGGUCUGGGGGAUUUCAGGAGCCACACCAGUGCUCGUCGAGUCUGUGGUGUGCUAGUAGGACAACGAGUGAUGAAGGUUGCUUGUGGAGACUAUUUCACGGUAGUUACCACCACAGAUAAUUUAGUUUAUGCAUGGGGUCUGGGGGAGAGUGGACGUCUGGGAGCUCAGUUCACUGAUCAGGGGCGGGGCCCGGGAGGACAGUGCAUUGCUCUGCCCCGCCCAAUAUUUGGAUCCAUGCACAUCGUCCCUUUCUUGUCAUGCCAUCACUGGAACACUCUCAUCAUAGCUGAAAAAGUACUCAACUCGAAAACUCUCAAAACACAGGAUUCCAGAGUGUCAAUAUCAUCACCGAAAGGUAGUGUUUUUGAAUUGCAAAGUGAUGAGGGUACAGACUGGUGUUCAGAACUAAGCACAAGUAACCAGAAUUUCUCUGAUUGUGUUUCUGGAGAGGAGGAACAGACCAGAGACAUGUUCUCUCUAAAGGGAUUUGAGAUGGCAAGUUGUGACAGCACAGGCAGCAGCAUACCCCCUUGGCUUCAGCAGGAAUUACAGGAAGCAGAGAUUAUCCCACUUCCAUGUAUUGACAGCCCAGAUUAUAGCCAAGCCUCAGUCCCUGUUGCUCAGUCACAACCUAGAAUGUGUAACUCAUUUUUGGAUAUGCUUGUGAAAAAAGAACCUCACUCAUCCAGUUCACUUGUCAUGGAAGAGGAAAAAGUUUCUGUGUGCUGCACAAAAAUGAGGCAAGGGACUAGAUCAGGUGCAGAGGAUGAGACCUGUGAGGAUGACAUGCAGCUGUGUGAUCUGGAUGUUGAACUAUUGAGUGCUACAGAUUUUGUUUCGUGUACCCGCGAUGAUUUGAUACACAUCAUACACAAACAGAAUGCUCAGAUUAAGAGUCUAAAGAAGCUGUUAUCAGAAAUGAACAGAGAAAAAUGAACAGGUUUAUGACCUUAAGGGGAGACUAACAGCUGAGAGUAUCGUGCUGCUCUUGAAUCUGCAAAGGUCACAUUGUGAGCUGUCAGAUAGAGGAUAAGAUGAUAUAAGUGACUUGCCUAGGGGCUGUUACACAAGUCACACGCCGUCCCCAAAAACAGACACGUGUGGAACAUUCCUUUUGAUUAAUACCUAAAGCCUGAAAGUGUCAUACAAGUGGGCAUACGUCUGGUGAACUUUCUAGGCCACAUAAACAUCAUAUGUUAAGCAGCAUAGGAGUGCGAAGAUGUUUUCCACCAUAUUGCAAGCAGCUGAAGUGCCAAUGCACAUUUUCCAAGCAAAAGAUUGUAUUAAGUUUGAAACUAAGAAGAAUUUAAUACUCCUUCACAAGUGUGAUGCUUAAUUUAGAGACCUGUUUAUUGGAGUAAUAAAUUUUAGAUUUGUCUUUUUUAGAUGUUCAAUUCUAACCUGCAUGGUGGGAUUCUGCACUACAGUUUGAAAGAUGAAUGUGAAUGAAAUGAAAGAGCUUGAUGAUGUGAGAAGUAAGGCACCAACAUUAGCCUAUAGCCCUAUAGCUUCCAACCAUGCAAAGACGUGUUAAAGUCGUAUGUACAUCCAAAAUGUAAUUUCUGCGGGAAAUAAACUAUUGUUAACUUUGCUUGUCUGAGAUUGUUGGGCAAGAAACUGUUUGAAUCUCACUCUGUGACUCUCAUCCUUUUCAACAAAGAAUGGCUGGGUCUUGUAUUUGUCAAGUUAAAUUAGCUGAAAACUGUACAAUAAAUUUCAUCAUAUUACAUUGAAAAUGGACUGGUCCUAUCCCUUAAGGUAUUGUUUUGGUGAUUAUUUCUUUGUUGCUUCCAGUUGUUUGCAGAAGAGCAUCAAUGUCAUAAAAAUGAAAUGGUCCAAGUAAAUGUUGGCAUCACAUAAUGAAGUACAUGCUUGUUUGUAUUGUUAAUCAUGCAUGUGAGCAUGAUAGAAUGCAUGCAAACAUUUAUGUGUGCACAUGUGCACACACACAUGAAACCUCAAGUAUAUAAAGCCAAUUUUGAGACCGUUGACUGAAGAAAUUAAUCUUUGUCCAGUAUUUGUUCCAAAAGUUAAUGAAAACAGCGUAUUUAGAAAAGAAAUUUCUUAAUGUAUUACACAGAUUAUAUGUUUCCCAAAACUGUGAUAACUUCAUUAUUUAUAUACUGUACAUUCCAAUCAUUUUGUUUUUCCAUGUUAUUAUUUCUUUCAAAGGACAUCAGGCCAUGUGAGUAGUUUUCAAGCAGCUGACAAACCAAGGGCAACAUGCCAUGCUAUGACCUUGUGGUCUGACUGGCAGAGAAUGUUUGCCUUAGCCCUGUCUCCUUGUCAUUUCAUAUUAAAGUGUCAUGCAUGUACAGCCCUCUACUUUUUCUUAGUGACAGCUUUUGGUGCACAAAGGGUUAUGGAAUUAACCUUAGUGUGAGACACACAAUGUUAGCCUGCUUUUACAAACAGCCAUCAUUUCUACACUUGCAUUUUGCUGUGUCUGUUUCAUUUGAGGUCUGUUUUAAAAGGGGAGAUAAAUUUCUUGCUUUGUCACUGUGUUG